GAGGCCGACCUGCGCGGCUGCUGGAUGGCCUCGGGCGACCUCCAGCACGCGGCCCUCGAGGGCGCCGACCUCUGCGGCGGCACCCUCCGCAACGCCUGCCUCGACGGCUCCAGGGCGGCGGGCGCCCGGCUGCGCGGCGCCGACCUGCGCUCCGCGAAGCUGCAGGGGGCGCAGCUCACCGGCGCCGACCUGAGCGAGGCUUGCGCUCAUGGCCUGCGGUUGGGCGGCGCGGCGCUGACGGGCGCGAUGCUCCACGAGUGCGACCUUCGCGAGUCCUCGGGGAACAGCGUCGACUUCAGCGGCGCUGUCUUGGACGGCGCGAACCUCGAGCGGACCACGCUGCGCAGGGUCAACCUCACGGGGUCGCGUCUGUGUGGCUCCGCCGCCGCCGGUGCACGGCUGCUGGGCUCCAACCUUCGCGGCGCCGUCGCUACGGCGGCCUGUCUGGACGGCGCCGACCUGCGCAGCUGCAGCGCACAGGACGCCUCUUUCCACGGGGCGCGCCUCAAGAGCGUGUGGCUCGACGGGGGGGACCUGGCAGGCUGCGACGUCACGGAGGCCGACCUCGCGCGGUCGGAACUCAGGGGCACCUGCUUCGCGAAGGCGAGGCUGGGGAACGCGCAGCUCACCGCCUGCAGGGGGACCGGCGCGAGCUUUGAGGGCGCCGAGCUGCCCAGGGCGUGCCUGCGCGGGGCGCACCUGGAUCAGACUAGCUGGGCCGGGGCGCGCCUGCGGGGCACGGACCUGCGCGGGGCGAACCUGCAGGAGGCGAGGAUGCCGCGGGCGGUCUGGGAGGACGUGUGCGCCGCAGCCGCGAUGCUGGGCAUGGCGGAUCUGCAGGAGGCGAGGCUGGUCGGCGUCGACCUGAGCGGCGCGGACCUGAACGGCGCUGAUCUCUCGCGGGCCCACCUGCACGGCGUGAAGCUCGGCGGCGCGUCCCUGCGCGCCGCCGCCCUGGCCGCCGCGCACCUGGAGGAGUGCGGCGGGUCUCGGGUCACGCUGCGGCAGGCGCUGCUGCCGAGGGCCAGGCUGCUGCGCGUGGAGCUGGAAGGGGCGGACCUCUCCAGCGCCAGCCUCGAGGGCGCGGAGUUGCGCGGCGCGGUGCUCCGCCGCGCCAGCCUGGCGGGGGCGAACCUUGGCGGUGCCGUCCUGGAGGACUGCGACCUGUCGGGCGCCGACCUGUCGGGCGCGGAGCUGCAGGGCAGCACGCUGGUGCGCGUGCAGCUGGACGGGGUGCAGGCCGCCCGCCUCGGCCUGAAGGGCGCCUCCCUGAAGGCCGUCACAGCCCGCGGGGCGCAACUCAGCGAUGCCGAGGCGCCUGGCGUGAAGUUCGAGGACGUGGACUUCAGCGAGGCGGUGCUCACUAACGCCCGCCUGCCCGACGCCGACUGGUGCAGCGCGCGGCUCGGGGGCGCGGUGCUGAAGCAUUGCGACCUGGCGAGGCUUCGAGGCACCGCCGUGUUCCUCGAGGGGGCGCAGAUGCAGCAGGCCACUCUGGCCGACGCGGCGCUGAGCGAGCUGUCGCUGCGGAGGGCCGACCUCGCAGGUGCGGACCUAUCGAGGGCGCGGCUGGACGGUGCCGUGCUCGACGAGGCAAAGCUUCAGCACGCCAAGCUGGAGAGUGCCUCGCUGGCUGGUGCAUCGUUCGUGCGAUCCGACCUGAAGGGGGCGGUGCUGGUGAAGGCGACUUUGGGCAGCGCGGACCUGAGCGAAGCGUCGCUCGAGGGCGCCGAUGCGACGGGCGCCCAGCUCUCCGGGGCCCGGCUGCACAAGGCACUGCUCACGACGGCCAUCCUCUGCGACUCCGUGUGCGACGGCGCCGACUUCUCCGAGGCCACCUGCGGCAGCGCCGACCUGACGCGCGCGAGCCUGGAGGGCUGCAACCUGCGCUCCUGCCGGCUGAACGCGGCGAGGCUGCACGAGGCGCGGAUGACCGGCGCGGACCUGCGGGGCGCCGAGCUCGCCGGGGCCGUGGCGGCUGGCGCGUGCCUGCGCGCGGCGAGGCUCGCGGGGGCCCGGCUCGCCGGGGCGGAGCUCUGCGGGGCGGACCUCCGAGAGGUGGCCGCGGAGGGUGCAGACUUCUCGAGGGCUUGGCUCGAGGGCGCGGACAUGGCCAAGGCAGACCUCUCCGGCGCCAACCUGGACGGGGUGCUCGGCGCGGGCGCUCGCCUGCCCAAGGCUCGCCUCGUGGGCGCCAGGAUCACCCGCGCGUCCCUGAACAAGGCAGAUCUGACCAAAGCAGACCUGACCCAGGCCGACCUCGGAGGCGCCCUGCUGGAGGACGCCUGCCUCCACGAGGCCCUGCUGCCCAAGGCGUCCCUGCAUCAGGCGCGGUGUGCACGAGCGAGCUUCUGCCUUGCAACGCUGGACGGGGCCGACCUGCGAGGCCUCUUCCGGGGCGUGGACCUCUCCCACGCCAGCCUGCGGGCGGCGAACCUCCGGGACGCCGACAUGCAGGGCUCCCAGCUCACGGGCUCGGACCUGCGGGGUGCAGAGCUCGAGGGGGCCCGCUUCACAUCCUGCAAGAUGCUGAAGGUCCAGCUCCAGGCGUGCAAGGCGGCGGGGGCCAGCUUUGAGAAGGCCGACCUGCGCUCGGCCCAAGGCCAGGGGGUCGACUUCCGCGGCGCCUGCUUCCGAGACGCCAGCCUGGCGGAGGCGGACUUCACCGAGGCCGAUCUCUCCGGGGCGGACUUCAAGGGCGCGAGCGCCACCGGCAUGGUGUGCUGCAGGGCGAAGCUGAGCGGCGCGCUGCUGUGCAAGUGCAACCUGACCCACGCCUCCUUCGUAGAUGCUGACCUGCGGGGCGCCGAUUUCCACUUGGCGACGCUCCGGCAGGCGAAGCUCGACUGGGCCGUGGCGCCGGAGGCGAGCUUCGAGGGCGCCACGCUGCAGGACGCCUCGGCGCGCGGUGCCGACCUCCGCGGCUCGCUCUUUCACGGCUGCAACGUCGGGAACCUGGACCUGGCGGCCUGCCGGGUCGUGGAGCAGGAGAGAUCGCCGCGGCCGUCGGGCUUGAGCAGGCGAAGCGGAGGCACCGCAUCGCCGACUGCCACUUCUGCGGGCACUGCGGCAGGCACCGCGAGGUGUGGGGCACCAGGGCCUCUGCCGAGGCACACCACCAGCAGGUGCACCCAGAGCUCCCCAUGAGCGUGCUUCCGAUUUCGAUCGAGGACGGUUGCGGCCGAAUCGCGGUCGCCAAGGAGAUAGGGCAAGCGGCUUGGCGGCGCGGGCGGAAAUGAGCGGCCUGCGCUCUGCCCACGCCACGGGUAGUUAGCUUCAGGACGGCUGGCUAAGCCAGGGCCGUGUCCAGAAGAAAGCGCCAUCUAGCGUUUUCCGUCCUCGAAGGCUUCCUCGUCAUGCGCUUCGGCGGCAAGCCCGGGGGGAAGUGAGAAGGAGAAGGCGCUA